GCGAGCGCCGCCAGCAUGGGCCCCGACACGCUGCCGCUCGGCACCUACAGCGGGGCGGCCGCCGCCGCCGCCGCCCUGCUGCUCUGGGCCGCGUGCGUGCUCUGCAGGAGGAGAAGGAAGACUGGAGAGCCCCCACUAAUAAAUGGCUGGAUUCCUUACCUUGGGAAAGCUCUGAUUUUUAGAAAAGAUGCUUUCAAAUUCUUACUGGAUCAGCAAAAGAAACUUGGAGAUAUUUUCACUGUACAUAUUGCUGGUAGAUAUAUUACCUUUAUCAUGGACCCAUUUCAAUAUGUUUAUGUCAUCCGGAAUAGCAAGCAACUUGAAUUUCAUGAAUUCGCUAAUAAAAUGGCUUCCAAAACUUUUGACUACCCAGCCUUGUCAAAAGGAAAAUUCCCCGAUCUCAAGGAAAACCUGCACAGAAUCUACCAGUAUCUACAAGGCAAGCCUUUGGAUAUCAUUUCUGACCACAUGAUGAAAAAUCUCCAGGAUAUAUUUGAAUGGAAAUGCUCACAAGCAACAGAUUGGGAAACAGAAAAAAUGUACAAAUUCUGCUGCUCUGUAAUGUUUGAAGCCAGUUUUGUAACACUGUAUGGAAGAGUUCCUGCUGCAGAUGGCCACAAAGUUAUUAGUGAAAUCAGAGACAAAUUUAUCAAGUUUGAUGCCAGCUUUCCCUAUUUAGCUGCAAACAUACCAAUUGAGUUGCUAGGAGCUACCAAGAAGGUUCGAAAGGAGCUUAUACAUCAUUUUUUACUUCAGAACAUGACAAAAUGGCUGGGAGGGUCAAAAGUGGUCCAAGCCAGACAAGAUAUAUUUGAGAAAUAUGAGCUGCUUGGAGAUUAUGACAAAGCAGCACAUCAUUUUGCCUUCCUGUGGGCCUCUGUGGGAAACACGAUUCCAGCUACAUUCUGGGCCAUGUAUUAUCUUCUGCGGCACCCAGAAGCUCUUGCAGCGGUGCGUGACGAGAUUGACCAUUUGCUGCAGUCAACAGGUCAAAAGAGAGGGCCCACAUAUAACAUCCACCUCACCAGAGAACAAUUGGACAACCUGGUCUACCUAGAGAGUGCCUUAAACGAGAGUUUAAGGAUGUGCUCGUCCUCCAUGAACAUCCGCAUCAGCCAGGAGGACUUUGUUCUCAAGCUUGAAGGGAAUCAAGAAGUCGUUUUGAGGAAAGGAGAUUGGAUAGCCCUUUACCCGCAGAUUUUACACAUGGACCCUGAGGUCUAUGAAGAUCCUAAGGAGUAUAAGUUUGAUCGAUACAUAGAGAAUGGAAAGAAGAAAACAACAUUCUACAAGGCAGGAAGAAAACUGAAGUAUUUUCUAAUGCCCUUUGGCUCUGGGAUCAGCAUGUGUCCAGGGAGGUUCCUCGCAAUGAAUGAGAUGAAGAUGUUUCUUUUCAUACUAUUGUCUCAUUUUGAUGUAGAACUAGCAGAAAACAAAGCUGUCAGACUUGAUAACAGUCGUAUGGGCCUUGGUAUCCUCCUGCCAGACGUUGAUAUUGCCUUUCGUUACAAGCUAAGGUCCUUAAGAAAUUGAGCAGCUGCCUAUAUGCCUUCUACUAAUCUCUAUGUUUGCUCUGUUUCAUCACUCAGCUUUAUAUUUUUGAAAACAUUUGCUUUUCCCUCUCUGCUUUUACCUCCUUCCUCUUUGUUUCUAAGGAGAAAAGCCAUCGGGCUGGAGGUAGAUAUAAGAUGCAGGGACAUGCAAACUCAAUUUGUCCUGCUUGAGUUGUGAGAAGUGAGAUGAGAUGACAAGACUGGCCAAGUAAAUAACCCAGCAUCCCUACAAGAUGGAUCCCCAUACUCCUGGCCAUGAGAUGAGCAAUAUUUACAGGGAGGAUGAGAGCAAGCUGAAUCCAGGCCAUUUAUAUGGGAAACAGGCUCAGCAGCCCUCUGUCAUGGGGGUUCACCCUUGUUAGGUUGGGAGGUCCCAUAUACCCAUCAUCUCAGCAUCUGCUCAAAGAAGCAUAAUAGCAAGAAAGGGGGAACUUAAUUCUAGGGAGUGAAAGCAUUUCUAAUGGUUAUUAUUCUAACUUUUUAUUUGCUCUGUUCUCUUCAUGGUCUUGAGUGUCUUAGCCCUUAUUUGGAAGAUGUGAUGGAAGUUGUGUGGGGUGGUGGAAGAUGAUUUGCAAGAAUGUCUUACUGGCAACACAUUUCUAACUUCAGUUUUAUGUACUGAGGUUGUAUGCUUUGCUUCUCUUACUAUUUUUUUUUGUUGCAAACUGGUUAAAUAUGAUUUUUUCCCUGCAGUCAUUUAAAGUCAGAAAGGAAGUUCUGUUGACUUUAAUAGGCUCUGGAUCAAGCCUAAAUUAUCUAUUUUGGCUUUUGAGCCAAAAAGGUAUAUUCUUCAUGGAGGAAAUAUAUGAGCCUGUUUGAAAAGAUUCUGUCAUCUCAAAAAUUAUGUUCUCUUUGUCUCACUGUUUUCUUAGUAACACGUUCAUGCAUUUAUUUUGACUAUUUUUUACCUUUGUCCAUUUCUCUAAAAAGGCAAAAGAGGAAGAGGCCUUCAAGGGCAAAUGUGGUAUCUAAAACUACUUUUUAAUAUUGUUUUACUGUGCCUAAGUUUUGAAUAGGCAGAGUGGUGUGACCUGUGUUUGGAAACAGACUUGUCCAUCUGCAAAAUUGGAAAGUAGGCUUUUCCUUGGGGCCAAAAUUUGAGUGAGUGAAAAUUCUGGGCAGCCACAGCAGUUGUCUGUAUACUGACUGCCCAAACUGCUUCACUGGGUGACCAGCUCUUGUUUCAAAAAUCAAUUUCCUAGUGCAUAGGAUCUGAGAUUUUAGACUCUGUCUCUCUUCCCAGGCAUCACUUUGGAGACUGAUGAGGAUUCUCAUCGCUGUCCAGUCUCAAUUUGCCAAGAUGAUAAUUGUGAUGGGAGAAUAGCCAUGUCUGUGGGCCUUGCCUUGUGUUCCCAAAAACCAUCUCUCUUUAGAAUGUGCCAGUGUAAGUCUUUCAAAAUCAUAAAUUUUACUCAUCUCUGAAGGACUUCAUGAUCUAUGGAUGAAAAUUGCUACCUACAUACUAAGGAUUAGAAUUAUUUAUUGUUUUUGUGUAGGAGCUUGUUCAGUUACUCGUGUAAAGCACAUACCCUAAAUAAGCAUCAGCAACCAUAGAAAGGCUUUCAGAGAUUGGCACAGCCACAUUCCAAGUCCUCCAAGGAGAAAAUUGUGGUUUUGUGAGAUAUAUUGGAUGAACAUUUUCUAUUCAUAUAUAGAAUCUAUAAUGUCUAGAAGUCUGGAGUACACUUACAUUAAAUGGGCUUUGCAGUUAAUUCAAUGCUUUAACUUUGCUUCAAUAUUUAAUCACCAGCAAAAGCUGAUUAUUGUUUUGUGCCACAGAAUAAAAUUGUUUUUUAUGGAGAGAUUCUUGUACUCAGGUUACUUACUCCUGCGGUUACUCUGUAGAAGCUGUUCUGUACUCGGCUAUAGCUCACAAUCCAGUUUGGUCAUUAGAGUCUCGUUUAUUGGGAGAGGAAAUGUUGGUAUCAUUACACUGUUGACUGUAUUCCAUUAUUGCUUAAAUGUAAGCUGUAAAAUGUCUCAUACCACAGUUAUGAUAAAUCUUUUUUUGGCAUCCAACUUUAAAACAAACCUGAAGCAACUGUGAAAAUAACAGUGAGCAUUUGUUUUAAACAGAAGACUCUUUUUUAUAAUUGUGGUCUAUUUUUAGGAUUUUGAAUUAGAAUAUCACUGGCUUCUGCAUAAUUUGAUAGGGCAUAAUAGGACUGUGCCAAAAGGACAUGGAAAUCGUUAGUAGUUUCAGAUUAGUUUGCAAUCAGUUGGUAUAGUAUCUAUUUAGAAAUUAAAAGAAGAACUAGAUUGUCUCCAAAAUAUCAAAUUAAAUCUGUAGGGUAUGCUCCAUUUAAAUAAAAAAGAAAAAAAAAAGAAAAAUAGUCAGAAUCUUUCCCAAGAGUUGCAGGAAACCUCCAUGAAGACACAUGGUGGCCUUGCGUCAGAGUUGGAAAGCAGUCUCUGCACCACACAAGAGGCCAGCUUUUUGCUGGGAAAAAAGUUUUAUGCUCUUUUUGCUCAGGCACUAAAAUAAUCAAAUGUUAAGCAGGGCCUGCCCAGCUUGUCCUGGAAUUGUGUUCCCGGUAACCCAGGCUCCUGGUAGAUUGGUUUUGCUGGUAAGCAAUGCAUCAAUACCUUGGCAUGCUCCAACUGCAGAGGAAGUGAACCUCACCCCCAUCUAAAGCAACGACAGCUAGAGCAGGACAGAGGAAAUCCUGCUCUAGACCUUUGGGUCCAUGUACUCAGUAACUGAGGAGGUGACAUAUUGAGAGCCAGCAGCUGCUGUGUCUCAGGAGUCAGUCAGUCUCCAUGGAGCUGGGAUUCAAAGGCCCCUGGUUUUGGUAUUUCUGGUCAAUAAACUGAGGCAGCACAACAGGGUAAGGGUGCAGCAUCCCUGGAAGUACUACCUGGAGCAAAGCUGGCCACAGAGUGCUGUGCCAAGGAGAGCAUGUUUCAUAACGCAGGGCACAAUGCUGUUUUUGAUGAUCUCCUCUGGUGUAAUACCCAGAAGCAACCAGUUCUGGGUGUCUGUCACUGGAGCACUAAGAUGGCAAAAUCAUCUAAGCAGAAAUAGCAGUGCUACUUGCAAUCAUUCAGGUGCCAGUGGGGCUGCCGGGAAAGGUGGUGGGAGGCAGUCAGACAUGUUCUUCCUUGUCCCAGCUCUCCACCUCAGCAGGAGGUCUGCCCUGCCAACCCAGCAGUGUUUGGCAUCCACUGACCUGGCAGGUGUAGGGUCAGGCAGGAGGGGUGCAUGGGUACCCCGUGAAUUUCUCUGCUGUUCCUCCAGUGAAAUGGUGCAUUCACUCAUCACUUUGAGAUGUGACUCAGCUGGUCACUACCAGCCUCUGACUAUGAGUUGUUGAUAUCUAUGGCUGUAUCAAUAGUAUCUUUUACUAUUAGAAAAUAUAUAUAAGCACCUUUUUUCUCAUAUAAAAUGGGUUUAUAGAGUCAAUACAGCCCUUUAUAACACCGAAGAAGAAAAGUUAAUUUAUCAUGAACUAAUGUGAAUGCUAAAAUCUCAUUUUUUAAUUAUUAUUAUUAUUGUAAUCUACAGAUUGUGUUUUCUCUAUUUUCAUGCGGGCACUCAAGACUGCUAUAAGCUAUUACUUAAAAAACCAUCCAAUAUAUGUGUACCUGUUUGUAAAUUAGACUUUCAUAUCUCUGCCAAUAUAUCCUAAUGUACUAACAUAAAACCAUGUAAGCGUUGUUCUUUAGUUUAUGCUUUUAAGCCAGUUGCAUGUCACUACUUUUGGCACUGCUAUUUUUAUGAAUAAUUACUGGUCUGUGAAUUUCUCUUGUAGAAUUAUACAUGAUCUUUUAUUUUGUCAUUACUGAACUUUCUGUCAUUCAAAAGACUGUGAAGUGCUCUUAAUUGUGCAAACUGACAUUUGUAUAUAGAUGAAAAACAGCUAGGUUCUACAUUAAUAGUUAAUAUCCAUCAUUCAGGCUCGUAAGUUGACUAAGGUAUAUUGUGAAUUUCUGAGUAAGAAAAUUGAAACUUCAUUAUUUUAGUAAUCUAACAUCUUAAAUGAAUUUUGUAUUUCAAGGAAGCAAUAAAAAGGAAUAUAUAUAUUUUAAUAUUGAAUGACUGUCCAUGGUAUUUUUUCCAGCUUAUGUUUACACUUUUCUCACAGAUUCACAACUAUUGCUUUGAUUUUUUAAUUAUUGUUUCAACAUACUGCAUUUUUCUGUAACUUGAUCUUGAAAGAUAUUUCUGUAAGGAAAAAAAAA